AUGGACUACUUUCGCAUCACAAAUAUCUGGUACGAGAAUAUCGGAGGAAAAUCAGGGGCCAAGGUCCGCUUUGAAAAACUGGACCUCUCUAAGAAAAGCUGGUGGGCAGCCAAAAGUUCUCCUGACCCGGUCCCUUUUCAUCAACGUCCUGAGAUCCAGUUGGAGGUGAAGUCCUGCGAAGGAUGCCACCUUUCGAGUCCCCAUAUAUACAACAAAGGCUGGAUGUGCUUGCAACCUUCCUGUAGCGACUUUUGGAAAAUAGACGGCAUCGAGCCUCCUGUGGACCUCACUUUCCAUUCCAACUUCCUACAGAGUCGCAACCCGCCUGCUCCUGAAAUUAUCCCGCACCAUGAUCUCGUACCUAAUUUGCUACCCACUCUAGAAGAAGAGGGUGGAGGCGUCAGCUAUGCGCGCAUCGCCUGGAAGGGGAUAGUGUGCCCCAAAUGCCGGAAAUGUAUAUCAAGAAAGCAUUGGUGCGGAUGGAAAUGCACUGACGUGCUGAUAAUGUCUACCUCCGUGGGAGCCCGCACCAGCUGCACGUUUGAGAAGAUGCUACCCAUGCAGCCUGUUUCACUGCGCUCUGUAAUUGAUGACUUCGGACUUGGACCGAACAGGCGGGCGUGUCAUUUCGAUCCCAGAUAUGCCAUACCAGAAAUUGAUGAUCAGACCAUCCUUCCCUAUAGAAAACUAACCUACAAGAUUCCCGGAGUUGGCUGCAUCACUCACUUUGUCUCCACCAGAACCAUCAACAGCCGUCCCAAUGGUCCCAAUGACCUCUUUCGACAGCUACAGGUUGCUGACUUUGGAUUGCGCCGCUAUCCAUUGCAGCAGAGUGUGGUCGCCGGAACUCUCACCGCACACUUUGCGGUCAAUUAUGGAAUGCCAUAUAAGUAUAUUGUCUCUGUGGAUUCCAAAAGUUUUGGAGAAGCCCCGGGGGAGGUCCUACGAGCGAUGGGCCGUCUGACAUGGGCUACUGAGCGGGCCGUGGCUGGUAGUGGAGAUACAUUUCUACCUCCGAACGAACUACUCAUGCUCGGCUACUUUGAGGAGAUGAGGAUUGGAUACCAUGAUGAUGGAGAGUCGUCCCUGGGGCCGACGAUCGCCACGCUGUCCCUUGGGGCAAAGUCCACCAUGUCCAUCCGGAUGAAGUACAAGUAUUACAAUGGGAUUUCCAAGACCAAGACGCUCCUGAAAGAGGACCCUGCUCUGGCGGGUAGCCGGAUGGAAGCGGAACGACGAAGUCUGAAGACUCAAUUCGCCAGCGGCGAGAUCGACCAGGCAACAUACGAUAGGCUACGCCGACAAACGCUACAGAAGGGGAGGUGCAGCGAGGCACCUGUAUAUAUCAAGAUGGAGCUCAAUCACGGUGAUCUGGUGGUCAUGCAUGGCGAGGAUCUCCAGAGAUACUACGAGAACGGCCAGUCGCCCUACUAUGGCCAAUCCAACAAUUCUACCCCACCGUCGACACAGCCUUCGUCCUCAACGAGUCGCUAUGAUACCUAUACCAGUCAGCAGCAACAGAACAACAAUCAUCAGCUACGACGGAUACCCAGCUACAUCGCAGGGGACGAUGCGGGUCUGUUUGGGGGUUCCAGCACCUCCAAUGCCAGGACCGUUAAUGGGUCUACGCGCUAUAAUGGGCAGGCCGGCGGCUACGGGGGUGAAGAGGGACAAGGCGCCUACAGUCUUGCGAACAGCGGGUAUGAUGACAACUCAGACCCCCGGUACGCGCAGAUCCCCUCGGGUGGACCACCACCACCAUUACCACUUCGCGACAGGGCGUUGUCUCAAUCCAACUACGCCUACCAGUACUCGUCGAUUGCCUCCCCAACGCAAGCGGCAUACAACCCCCAGCAAUAUGCCGUCCCCUCGACACCGUCACAGCAGCAGUUUGCGUACAACACACUUGCAUAUACCGCUAGUUCGAAUACGGUGGGGGGACAUCAACCGUACAAUCCGGCGGCGUACCAGUCGGCGAGUGUUGGAGGGUACGGUUCUCCCACAGUUCAGCGACAGCCGAGUAUGGCGAAUUUGUACGCGCAACCGCCGCCCACACCACAGACGUAUACCUCUCAGCAAUCGCUGCCACCUCCCCCGCCUCCCCGGGGCCCGGAUCAUCCCUACGGAAGUCGCACAUCUGGCCCAUACGGAAGCGCGUCACCAGCCGCGCAGUAUGGCUUUUCCGCACAAUCAUCCGUAUACAGCGUUGCUUCUCCGCUGAACCCGAACGCGCCAUACCCUCCUGCAAGCUCGUUAACCGCGACUAGCCUGACCUCAGCAACUUCCCGAUCAUAUUCGCAUGGAGCACAGGCCCUCGGAUAUGUACCUCAAUCUCCGCGUCGUUCGGAGGCCAUGAUGACGCCUUAUCCUGGUGACCAACCGCCGGAACCGCCCGCUCAUUCGGCACCCACGGAGGAUAUAUACGGCAAACGGCUGAGUUUAACUCGUCCCGGGUCCGGAAGGUCAUUGCCCACACCGCCCAUUCAAUCGAACCAGGGGCAAGUCUCACCCCGACGAACGGAUACACUGAAUCGUCACCCACAGGCGCGACCUUUACCCGGCCCUCCGGUCGACACAGAUGGCGAAUCUCCGCUCGGCACCAAUGGAACAGGCAGGAUGGGUAGUUUAGAUGGACGAUCGGAGCCGCCGUCAGCCGGGUAUGACUACUUUGGACGGCAGGGAGACGCCAUAGUUGAUCGUCACUCAAGCGGUGAUUCACGCUACGACUCGAAACCUCUGCACAUAGAUACCCAGACCACGAAUCAGGAAGCUCAGGAACCCAGCCGUCCUUUCAGUGCCACCUCGAGUAUGCGCCUAUCUCCUGACGAGAGGCAUACGCACACGAAUGGAAACAUCGCGACAGGCACGGGCCAGUAUGUCAAUUACGAUGCGUACAGCGACGAUAGCGAUGCAGAGGCCGCCGCGGGGCUGGCUAUGUUGCAGAUGGCGGAUGAGGAGGACCGGAUGCAAGCCGAACGAGUGAGGACCCAACGGGAGCGGGUCCACACGCGACGGGAGACCAAUGCGUCGAUUAUCAGUGCCUACGGUAGCCAUUCGUCGGUGCACGCGCCCUCCCCACGCGAUUCCCGUCCAGAUGGGAUGCAACACGCGCCGGAUGGGACCUCUGAUGGUGCUCAUUACGGUGGCUACCGCUACGAUGAUGAGCGUGAUGGGUACGCGGAGCAGUACGGCGACCAAAACACAAAUCAAGGUCGAAUCGUCGCUCCAUCGGGUUCGCGCAGGAGCUCCGACCUUUCGGCUGAGGACCGAGGGGAGUACUCGGACAGUUAUGACUACUAUUCCAUGGCUCAUGCUCAAGCGCAGCAGUACGAUGAUUAUGCUUCGGAAGCGCGAGUCGAUGCUGGCGGCACCGGGGGGCUAUCAGAACCCGGUGCUUACGAGCGGCGGAUGAGCUUCGACUACGGCGACGAGGCAGAAGGUCCACUGGGCUAUCCCGAGGAAGGACCACACUCUGACAGCGAAGGGUCAGAUGCAGGGGGUGUUCCAGGGGACCUUUUCUUUCAUCCCGGCAUGCGGCCGUUGCCACCAGCGCCCGUGGAACCGGCCAAUAACACGGACCUGAUCCCGCAUCUAAUACCAGCGGGGACAUACCGGCAUCUGGAAUCAGAUGGACUUCCGGAUCGAACGCAAUCCACAAGCGCCAACUUCCAUGUUUCGACGGAUUCAUAUGCAUCGACCGCAUCAACGCCAACAUCUCAAGUGCCACGGUCGACGUCGUUGUCGAGCCAUCCUAUUGGACCUCGAGCUGACCCUCCCAUCCGAUCCAAGACCGAUGCUGAUCGAGCGAAAUACAAGCAGCAGCUGGAAGCAAUUCGGCAGCAGCAGCAGGGAGGUGGUGCUUUCAAAUUCGAUCCUUCAGAGCAAGGUCCCGCGAUGACGCUUGACCUGCCCACAAUCCCAGCGGGACGUCGUAAGAAAUUCAACCCGACGAAACUGUCUUCGGAGCAGUUCAGAAAAUGCACCGAACCCUGGGCGCUAAGCUCUAUUCUCGUGUGGAUUCGCGAUCUAUGCGAGGAUGAAACGGAUCUUCGGAGGUCUGCCAUUCUCGAGGCGAUCGUCGCUCUGUUUACUCACAAAGUGCCGACGAUGAACAUCGCAGACGCCGAGACGCUGGCCGCGCGCGUGUUUGACAACAUGCUGGAGCAGGAAGCGUUGGUAUGGGAUGAGGAAUGGGUCAAGUUUGGUAGCGGGACCCUUUCUGGAGUCCUCUUCCAGAUCACCGGGACGGGCUGCUACUCGCCCGUGCUGCAUGAACAAGAGGCCGAGGUUUCUGGACGCUGCUACUCCCACCAUUGCAUGAGAACGCUGAAGAAGGUGAAUUUGAAAACGCAGAAGAUGGCACCGCAGAAGAAGGCAGAGGACUGGGUGACGUUCUACAAGGUUCCGAAGGAGGUGUGGGAAGCUCAUCCCAAGAAAGAGAUCGACCGUCAGAACAACCUGCACGAGAUUGUCACGACCGAGGAUGCCUUCAUCGGACAGCUGGACGUGCUCCGCGAACUCUACCGUGAUCAACUGGCCGGCAUGCAGCCAUCCAUCAUCCCGCCGAAGAGAUUGAACAAGUUCCUCACCGACGUCUUCGGCAAGGUGGAUGCGGUCAAGAAGGUGAACGAAGAGUAUCUUCUCGCGCAGCUUAAAUACCGACAGAAGGAACAAGGGCCUUUCAUCGUUGGGUUCAGUGAUAUCUUCCGGGAGUGGAUUCGCAAGGCCAAGACGGUGUACAUUGACUACGCGGCGACCUUCCCGCAUGCCAAUUACCUCGUACGCAAGGAGACCGAGCGGAAUGCGCUUUUCCGACAGUUCUUAAACCAGGCCCGUGAACACAAGAUGUCCAACCGUCUGAGCUGGGACACUUACCUCAAGUCUCCCAUCACUCGAAUCCAGCGAUACACGCUGUUGUUGUCGACUGUUCACAAGAAUAUGCCCAAGGAUUCGGAGGAAAAGGCCAACUUGGCGCAGGCUAUUGAGGAAAUCAAGGUCGUGGCUCUUGAAUGUGAUAACAAGGUCGGCGAAACAAGCAAAAAGGUCGACUUGAUGGAGUUAUCGGCCAAGCUUCAGCUGAGGCCGGAGAUGAAGAAGGAGGUCGAGCUGAAUUUGCAGCAUCUCGGUCGUGAGAUCGUCUACCGGGGCGACUUGCAACGUCCAGGUGCUCGGAUGCGGUUCCUUGUGGACACUCAUGCUAUUCUCUUUGAUCAUUACCUCGUGCUUGCCAAGCUGUCCACCACUCGCGAUCCAUCCAAAGCGGUCAAGUAUGAAAGCUACGAUGUAUCCAAGCUUCCUAUUCCUAUGGACCUUUUGGUAUUGGAGAGUACCAACGAUGACCCAGUGGUCAAGUCAUCCGUCCGUGGUGUCUCGUCGGUCGCGCCGCCUCAAGCCGUUUCACGGAGUACCGGCACAGCGCCCUUAAUACACACCAAUAGCGGGAACUCAAGCAAUUCCGCCUCUGCUUCCUCGGGCAAGACGCUGGUCCCCAGCACCGUGCUCGAGACAUCCAAAGAUGACAAGAUUCUAUACCCAUUCAAAGUGAAGCAUCUUGGCAAGAAUGGGACCUUCACGCUGUACGCCUUUUCCGCGCAGAACCGGCAGGAGUGGUGUGAGAAAAUCAUCGAGGCAAAAACGAAGCAUGCUGCCGCCCUGUUCGCGCAGAAUGCGGAGCCCUUCCGCCUCCGCGUGCUGGCCGACACGGCCUUUGCCAAUUCAGACCAUUCAGCGUCGUCCAAACGGACCGUCACUAUCAAGGGUACUCCCCUCGACCGUGCCAUCCGGGAAGUCGAAGAGCGAUAUAGCGUUUCCAACAAGCGGCCGGUUCCCGUUUGUAGGACCAGCGUCCACUGUGCGACGGUGUUCCAGCAGCCUGUCGGCCGCAUGAUGUGCGCUGUUGGGACGGAUUUCGGCGUGUACAUUUCUGAGUACAAUAACCCUCGCGGGUGGGUUCGGGCGAUACCCGUCAUCCGAGUGACGCAGAUUGCGGUGUUUGAGGAGUUCAAUCUCUUUCUGCUGAUUGCGGACAGGUCUCUGGUUGCGUACCACUUGGAUGUAGUCUGUCCUGCGAGUGGCAUGAACUCGCAAACAACCAAGGACUCCGCUCGUCGGGCACCGCAGAAGCUGUCGGGUAACCGCGAGGUCGGAUUCUUCGCCGCGGGACACAUGAAAGACCGCACGCUGGUGAUGUAUAAGAAGCGGGACGGGCUGUCAUCCACAUUCAAGGUGCUAGAACCCGUUCUACAGAAAUCCGCCACGAGCCGCAGCCGGCUCUUCCAGUCACGCCGCUCGCAGACCGAGUUCUUCCGCGAAUACGACGAAUUCUACAUCCCCGCCGAAAGCUACGGCAUCAACAUGUUCCACUCGUCGCUGGCCAUCGCCACGCAGCGCGGCAUCGAGGUCCUGACUCUGGACAAAAAGCAGACAUGGUCCGUGCCUGACUUCCGGUCCGAGGCCCCCGAGGCGCAGGCCCAGCUGAGUAGCAUCGCCCACCGCAUCAGCAGCCUGCGGCCGCUGGGCAUGUUCCGACUGAGCGACAGCGAGUUCCUCGUCGCAUACACCGAUUGCGCCGUGUACGUGAACAAGCAUGGCGACGUCUCCCGCAGCGUGAUCCUGGAGUUCGUCGGCCGCGCGCACUCGGCCUGCCUCUACGGCAAGUUCCUCAUCCUCUUCAACGAGGACUUCGUCGAGGUCCGCAACGCCAUGAACGGCCGCCUGCGCCAGGUCAUCCCCGGCCACGGCGUCGUCUGCCUCGACGACGGCAGCACCCUGCCGGGCUCUGGCGCGAACGCCGUCCCCACCAACGCCGGCACCGCCGCCAACCUCGCCAGCGGCCUCGCCAACGGCGUCGCCCUCGCCAGUAGCGGCCACACCGUCAAGAUCUGCAUGCAGCAUCCCGAGUACGAGCGCAGCCAGCUUGUCCUCGAGUUACUCGAGAACGAGGGACAGAAGGACUAG